GCAGUGCAGAGACUAGGAGGAGCACAUGCCACAGGUGUUUCUGGAGCCUUGAGAGACUGUGAUAGUUGACUGAGUUAGUGAAGAGAGGUGUGAGGUACCUGGCUGAGGAGUUGACUGAGUUAGUGAAGAGAGGUGUGAGGUACCUGGCUGAGGAGCGGGGGUCACUGUCCUGUAAGAGAGCAGAAUUCCUGUCACAGAAACAGAGGCGUGUUAUAGAAAGCGGAGAGAGGAGCGUGGCAAGGAGCAAAUUGUGAGGGGGAAGGAGUAAAAGAGCAGGAGACGGGGAAAUGAUGAGCCAAGACAGCACCUUUGACUUUAACUGCCCAUUGAUUGGGCAAGAAGAGCUCUCCAUAAUAUUUCCUUUGACGCUAGAUAUAGCACAGGCAGCUUGUAGUGAGCUGUCUUGGGAGAGCUUACCCGAAGAAGUGAAUGGCGGAUAUGCUCAGUAUAACCUGAAAAAGAGCAUGAUAGGAAUUGAAGGAAUAUCCAGGGACGUUCUGGACGCCAGAGAGAGUUUCUGCAGCCCAGUUAGGAAUACUCCGACCUGUGGUGACCAUUUGGGGACAUAUGAGGAUACAGCCAGCAAUGAAUACACUGACAACAGGUCUGCCCGGAUUCCCACCUCCAUGUCUUUGCAUCCGAAUGGGACACACCCUGCCAGUCGCAUAAAACAAGAGGGUCCCUGUGACUUCUCAGACCUGUCAGCUGCUUCUCGCCAGUUGGGCAUCUCAGAGUUAAGGGCAUCUUUGCUCCCUGACACAGCUGCCACACACAAUGGGUUUAAAACCUGUCUUUCAUCUUACUUUGUAGACUCCACAAACAGCACUUUCCCAGGCUCGCUGACAGCCAACAGCACGUCUACCUCUGCCCGGCUCCAGUCUGGAGGGAGAAGGGGCUGUUUCACUGACAGUGUUGAAAUUGUGGGAAUUAUUCACUCCUCUCACACAUCGCUGCCCCCUUGUGUGAACACAGUUUGUGUAUCUCCACCUAGAACGCUCUUUAACUCAGGGGGUGUCCCUAACUGGAGCCCACCAAAAGCAUCCCAACCUGAGGGUCUUUGUGGAUUGCCAUCAUCUGCACAGUAUCUGCUUCCUAAUACCGAUGAGUGUAAACUGAAACCUGCUGAACAGGUAAAUGUGCCCUGCACAGAGGGCAGUGCCAAUCUUCUUCUGAGCGCAACACCUAGUGACUGUAGUAGGCUUAAUUUCCUAAAGCAAGAACCAGAGGAUACGUGUCAGCAAGGACUCAUGUCUCCGCUCCAUCUUCCCCUUGCUAUGUCCCCAAAAACAUUUCCAAUUGAUGAGCAAGAUGAACUUGGAGCGCAGAGGAGACAGCUGUGCCGCUGGAUAGACUGCAGUGCCUUGUAUGAACAGCAGGAGGAGCUGGUGAGGCACAUUGAGAAGACGCAUAUUGACCAGCGCACAGGAGAGGAUUUCACAUGUUUCUGGGCUGGCUGUGCAAGACGAUUCAAACCUUUCAAUGCACGCUACAAACUGCUUAUUCACAUGAGGGUGCACUCUGGGGAGAAGCCAAACAAGUGUAUGUUUGAAGGCUGCAACAAGGCAUUUUCUAGGCUGGAAAACCUGAAGAUCCACCUACGGAGCCACACUGGGGAGAGGCCGUACCUGUGUCAACAUCCCGGCUGUCAGAAGGCGUUUAGUAACUCCAGCGACAGAGCCAAACAUCAGAGAACCCACCAAGACACGAAGCCAUAUGCCUGUCAGAUACCAGGAUGCUGCAAACGUUACACAGACCCCAGCUCACUACGGAAACACGUGAAAGCGCACACCAUCAAGGAGCAGCAGCUGCGCAACAAGAUGCAGCAUACCCUGGAAGGGAAGUGGACAAAAGCCAUUAGCCAUGAAAUCCUGAGCGGUACUAGAUCUUGUGACAUGCUGACAGGGUUGUAUACUUUUUGUUCCAACAACCAGAACGUAGUAAGCCCAGGACUAACGUCACCAGCUCCUGCCGUGUCCUCACGAUGCCCUGGGAUGGAGUCCCCUUCCAGUUGCCUGUUGUCGGUCACAGAGAGUGCCCUGGAGGGGAAUUCCCCCCAUGGACUCGCUCACCUUGCUCACUCCAUGAAGUCUACAGUCUCCUCUUCAAUGCUGCUCAGAGGACCCUCUCCCAGUUCCCACCACAAAUCCCCCCUUGGAGAGCAUUGCUUAGCAGGGAAAAACUACGCAUUUCAUAGUCCUACAGCGCCACCAAUGCAAGACUUUCAGGGCAGUUUUGUGCAAUACCCGGAGUGUUAUAGAGAGGUGCAGUGUCUGAGCAGGGAGGCGCUUACUCCAAGCCGCUACCAAGUGCCCAGCACACAGGACACAGGGUACGAGUUACACAAUAACGGUGGAGACGUCCAAUGUGGAUCAGAAGAUGUUAGGAAAAACUGCGCUCAAGAAGGAGACUUCUUCCCAAAUGCAGCUUUUGAUCACUGCCUGCCCCAAAUUCCUUCCAUUUACACGGACACCUAGAAUCUGAACUUAUUAAUUGGACCACUUGGUCUAUAAUCAAAUAAGGUUUAAUUUAAAUAACUGUUUCCUCUCUCUGAAUAUAUAUAUAUAUAUAUAUAUAUACCUGUUUUCCAUAUGUUACAAUAUUAAAAGUAUGCAUCUGCAGCUUUCAGUUCCUACGGAGGCACAGUUGGGAUAGAUAUAUAUAUAUAUAUAUAUAUAUAUAUAUAUAUAUAUAUAUAUAUAUAUAUAUAUAAAACUUUAUAUAAUCUCUGUAUCUUAAAGUAGUUAUUGUUCUAUUCCUUGGAAAAAGUCCACUCAACAGUUCAGUUUCUCAUUUCCCCCAGCACAGAUUUCUGUAUAUAUGAUUUAUCACCCAUUUUAUUAUGUUUUGGACUUUCUAUUUUAUGUGAGAACAUUAAAACUGGACAUAUUGUAAAUGA